AUGGCACGAGUGAAUGAUGAACAUCCCGAUACGGAGGUUCACACCUCCGAUCAUAUUCUAAGCCCUCAGCCCUGUGCCCCUCCCAGCAAGGAGCUUCUCGUUACUUCCCUUGAGACAGCCCACGUACCGAGCGAGACCGGAUCGACAAUCGAUGACGGCCAGAUGUCCACGCAAAGCUAUGAAUACAGUUCAUCCAACUCUUCAACCCGGCAUUCGACGAGCGACAUAUUCGGCUGUGAGAUGGACGACGAGCUGGAACAAAUGAAAUCCCGAGCAUCGAGUCGCUCUUCAUUCUCAUCCGUGCCCGCAUCAGUCCUCAUACACCCUCUCGACCACAUAAAGCAACUACCCGGAAUGACAAUCCACGAUCAAGUCGUCGGGUACUCGGUAGAAGAAGACGAAGCAAGUUUCGGCGGCUUCAAUAUACCACCGCAAUCUAUUCGUACCAUCCGACAACGUGAAUCUGCAUUCCGGAAACCGAGCUCGGUACGCGCUAUGCAGAUGCAUACGGAGGAUGAGGCGGAUGAUGAUGAAUUUCUGACCCCGCCAAGACGUCGCGCGGGCAUGCGAUCCCCCGGAACCUCGCCGCUGAAACGAUCACCGUAUUAUUCGCCCAAGACGUCGCAAAGUAAGCCGCCUGUUAAGAAAGAAUAUCCUCUCGUAUUGCUGCAUUGUACGCUUCUUGGUCCGUCAUUGCCUGUUCCCGGCGCCUCUGAGCCACAGAACCAGAAGAUUGUCGAGGAGGUCCUGCCGCCACAAUACUGGAAGCGAUGGCGAAGACUACGGGACAAGGUUGGUUCUGGUGUUCUUCGUGAUCGUGGUGUGUUGAUCUCUCACCCUGAGGAUCUUUAUGAUAUGCUGGAGGAACGACUACUGGAGAGUUUGGAACUACAGCGCCCCUUACUGCACCGGGGUCAUUUCAUAGGUCAUGAAGAAGUUGACCCUGGUUCGGAGGGUGAGAUAUCGGACAGAGGGGAGAGUGAGACAGACGGUGAGCAGGGCGAUGAAUGUCCCGACUGUGGCGGGCGUGUCCUGCAUCAUGGUGACACGAACCGCAAGUGGGAGAUUAGAGUUUAUGCUGCGAAUGGGCUCAUGCGUGCUGGUGCGUGGGCAGCGGCAUGGAAGGAGAUGGAAAAGGUAGAUGUGGAGGUUGGCGUCUGGCUGCCGUCGGAUAUCAGACGGGCCUUGGAGAAAAGACUCGCAGAGGAACAUGCGACCAGAUCCACGGAACAUGCCCAUCCCACAAUGCUGUUCAACGACGCGGAGAAGUUGGAUAUUGACCCACGUCGACUGUCCGUCCAAACUCAUUCUAGAACUUUCAGCGAUGCUGGGUCUUUCCGGAGUAGCGGACACCCCGUGGAAUCUCAGCCUGAUGAGAAGCGGCCGGACCUACCGCAAGUCAAUCAAGAACAUGAGAUCGCUCUGCGAACUCUGUUGAUUAAUUAUAUCCGCGUCUUGGCUGGUGACAGGCGCAACGUUGCACUGGUCUUUAUGAGUAUUCUGGUCAUCUUCCUUGCCCUCGGAUCCGGUUCGCAAACAUAUCGGCUCCACGAUGUCUUGCAUUCAAUUCCUCAUACGGACUUCGCAGAAUCACCUCUAGUGCCACAGGUUAACGUGAAUGUGGAUGUGCCAGCUUUGUCUGUGACUUCAACCGCUAGCUUCGUGGAGAGCAUUAUUCCCACCUCCAGCGUUGUGGCCCAAAUUUCAGUAUCGGAAUCUGUCGCCCCAUCUCAAAUCGAGGAUAUCUUCUCAACAUCUACUGUCGACGCAAUCGAAACUGAAGCCAUAACCGUGUCCUUCGAUCCCGAGCCAACACCCGAAGCUGCGGUCGCGGAACAAAUCCUCGAGGAGGAAAUUCACGAGGAACCUCACGAAGAACCUCAGCCUGAGCCAAUCGAGUCUAGUGAAGAACUCUAUUCGAGCGAGCCCGAACCUGCCGAGGUUAUAGAGGAAUCUCAUCUCGCAGAACCCAAACCUGACUCCUCCUCCGAAGAAUAA